AUGCGGCAUGCUCCCGAAAUCGUCGAUGUUCGACCCUAUGAUAAGUCCUCCUCAACUUCCACUACUAGUACCGAUGCUGCCAGUGACAUCCAGUCGCAGAUCAUCAGAGGAUUAAUGGCUUCCACGAACGAGAAGACCUUGCCCACCAUGAUUCUCUACGACGAACAUGGCUUGAGGCUAUACGACAAUAUCACUACUAAGGCACCAGAAUAUUAUCUGUUUGGUGCGGAGGAGCAAAUUCUCCAAGACCACGCAGGUCAAAUCGUGGAUGUCAUGCACCAGCAUACUGGAGGUGUUGUUUCGGGAGAGGUCGUACUUGAGCUCGGGGCUGGUUCAUUGCGCAAGACUUCCCACAUUCUACAUGCGCUUACCAAUCUCGUUCCUGUCGCCCCACCUGUCGUCCCUAUAACAUACUACGCGCUUGACCUUGAAGAACGUGAACUCAAGCGCACUUUGAUGAAGCUUCGCGAGUCUGAGGUUGGUUCUAUGCUUGUCGGCAAGGUUGAGGCGCAAGGCAUGCUUGGAACGUAUGAUGCUGGACUCAAAUUCAUUGAGGAAGGUGGCCUUCAAGAAUCUAGCAUUACGGACAGCGCGUUGCCACUCUCGUUGGGGUCUUACAGGCUCGACAGCACUCGCCGAGACUCCUCUCCAGCCUCGACAGGAUCUUCUUUUCCUGAUUCGUCAGACACUGAGAUAACAUCUCCGUCUACACCAGGCAAUAGCCAGACCCCCUUACAUAUGCUGUUCCUCGGCUCCUCGCUAGGUAACUUCAAGCGCGGAGAAGACGCCAAGUUUCUACGGGCGUUGCCAUUGGAGCCCGGCAAAGAUACCCUUCUUCUCGGCUUGGAUCAUGAUAAUGAUCGCAAAGAUAUUGAACUGGCGUACAAUGACCCUCGGGGUCUCACUCGAGAUUUCAUAUUGAAUGGGUUGAAGUCCGCUGGGAGGGCACUCGGAGACGAGUCCAUGUUCGCGGAAAAAAAAUGGGAAUACUAUUCGGAAAGUGACACAUACACGCUAUUCACCGAGGCCAAUCUGCGGCCCAUUCAGCGAUGGACAGACAAUACGGGACGUUAUUCACUCUGGCUGUUAGAACGUCCGCCAUUCGUGUUUCCGUUACUUGAGUCACCAUCGGUGGUGUCUGGCCACACCGCCAAGUUUGGUAUUCCCUCGAUAAAGGACUGGAGCAAUAUGUGGACUGUUUGGGACUUCGUCACACGGCGGAUGAUACCUCCUGCAAUGCUAUUUCAGAAGCCGAUUGAUUUGAGGCACAUCUGUCUGUUCUAUCUCGGUCACAUCCCAACCUUUCUUGAUAUCCAUCUAUCUCGUCUUCUUGACGAACCUCAUACCGAACCUCAGGAAUUUAAGAGGGGCAUUGACCCCAAUGUUGACGACCCGACCCAAUGCCAUCCUCAUUCAGUGGUCCCUACGAAAGAUGACGAUUGGCCCUCACUCCAUAGUAUUUUGGCCUUCCAAAUACGUGUCAGGGAGCGCCUUAGAAAGAUUUACAGCGAUAUUGCUGAAGGCAAGAUUUCCUUGACUAGGAAGGUGGCUCGCGUCCUGUUCAUGACGUUUGAGCAUGAAGGUUUUCAUGUUGAGACGCUCUUGUAUAUGCUAGUUCAACGCGCAGGGACGGGAACGAUUCCUCCACCCGAUUUUUCUCCUCCCCACUGGGAGUCUCUUGCAGCACAGUGGCAAGCAGCACCCAAACCUGAUGUAGCAACCGUUGAAAUAGGCCCUUCAACUGUUACGCUUGGUAUUAACGACAUCGAAGCAGAAGACGCCGAUCCUGCGAAACGCUGCGAUUUCGCUGACCAUAUCUUUGGGUGGGACAAUGAAAGCCCAAGUCGACAGGCCGAAGUCAAAGCGUUCCGUAUUGAGUGGCGGCCUGUGACGAAUGGGGACUUCUACGAGUUCUACAAGGGUGCCGGGCAAGGAAAAGUCGAGUUCCCCGCGAGUUGGGAGGAUCGCAACGGAGAAACCUGUGUGCGGACGCUAUAUGGUUCAGUUCCCAUAAAGAUCGCCUGGGACUGGCCAAUCCUUACUUGCUACAGGAAUCUUUCAGUGUAUGCGAGUGUUAAAGGCGGACGCAUCCCGACUGAACCGGAAUUGAGAAUCUUCCUUGACAAAUUCUCUUGUGGGUAUGAAGGAGGUGCCAACGUCGGAUUUAGGAACUGGCAUCCAGUCCCGGCUACUACCGGCGGAAGCAAGUACGGUGGGAAGGGACAUAAUGGAGGGGUGUGGGAGUGGACUUCCACUGUCUUUGACAAAUAUGAUGGUUUUGUAUCAUCGACGUUGUAUCCGGGGUAUUCCGCCGAUUUCUUCGAUGAAUCUCAUCAAGUGGUUAUUGGAGGAUCAUACGCGACCAUUCCUCGUAUUUCUGAAAGGAGGAGUGUACGCAACUGGUACCAAAGGAACUACCCCUACUGUUGGGCGAGCGCAAGAGUCGCUUACGAUGCGUAA